UUCAACUACAUUUGCAGAAAUUUUUAAUUCACAAAAUUUCAGUGAUAUUAAAUUAAUGGUAGACGGGCAAAUAGUAUACGCGCAUCAAGUUAUAUUGGCACAAAGAUCACAUUAUUUUAAAACUUUAAUAAAAAAUGAUUGGAUGCUUGAGAUUAAAGAAUCCAAACCAAUUCAUAUUCAAGAGGUGAAAUAUGAAAUUUUCUAUAACAUAUUAUAUUUCAUCUAUUCAGGUAAAUUGUUAGAGGUAAAGGAUGAAACAGAUCAUGCAAAAAUUACAAAACUUCAAAAAAUCUAUAUUGAUGCAGAAAUGCGUAAAACUCUUGAAGUGGACGCAUUACAUGAACUUAUAGAAAUCGUCAUAUCGGAAAUGAUAUCGUUGAUCAACAUGAAAACUUGGGAUAGCUUACUUAUAUUUUCUUGGGAAAAAGAUCUUUUACGAUUACGAAAAUCAAUUUAUCGUUUUGCAAAACGUAAUUGGAAUGAAAUUCGUGAAAGUGAAUUGUUUAAAAAUAUUUUGUGUGAAGCAAAUGUUGAUAUUAUUGAAGAAUUAAUUGUCUCGGUUAAAAUAUGA